GCGGCCCGUCCAAUGGGAGGGCGGUGCCGGCGCAUGAUGCAACCGCUGCGGCGCCGCGUGCAGGAGCCGGGCAAGAUGGCGGCGACGUUGGGAGAGAUGUAUGUUUCUGAACGAGAGGGGAAUGAUUCUGCUGGCAAUGGAACAAAAGAGAAGCCUUUCAAAACUGCUUUAAAGGCUUUGAUGACAGUAGAAAAGGAGCCAUUUCCUACUAUUUACGUGGACUCUCAAAAAGAAAAUGAGAGGUGGGAUGUUAUCUCAAAAUCACAAAUGAAGAAUGUAAAGAAGUUGUGGCACCGAGAACAGAUGAAGAAUGAAACUAAAGAAAAAAGAGAGGCAGAAGACCUCUUACGACGAGAAAAAAACCUGGAGGAAGCUAAGAAGAUCAUCAUCAAGAAAGAUCCCAGUCUUCUGGAGCCCAAAUGUGUGAAGAUUCGUGAUCUGGAAGCACACAGAGGCCAACGAGUAAAGGUUUUUGGCUGGGUUCACAGGUUACGUAGACAAGGAAAAACGUUGAUGUUUCUGGUGUUAAGGGAUGGCACAGGGUUUCUUCAGUGUGUUCUCUCUGAUGAGUUGUGUCAGUGUUACAAUGGAUUGAUCCUCUCAACAGAGAGCAGUGUUGUAGUGUAUGGGAUGUUAAACCUUGUUCCUGAAGGCAAGCAGGCUCCAGGAGGCCAUGAGUUGAGUUGUGACUAUUGGGAGCUGAUUGGUCUGGCUCCAGCAGGAGGAGCCGACAACCUAAUCAAUGAGGAGUCUGAGGUAGAUGUGCAGCUUAACAACAGGCAUAUGAUGCUCCGAGGCGAGAACAUGGCCAAGAUCUUUAAGGUGCGCUCCGUAGUUAUGCAGUGCUUCAGGGAUCACUUCUUUGACAAUGGCUACUACGAGGUCACACCACCAACUUUAGUGCAAACACAGGUUGAAGGAGGCUCCACACUAUUCAAACUGGAUUAUUUUGGUGAAGAGGCCUUCUUGACACAGUCAUCCCAGCUGUAUCUGGAGACCUGCAUCCCUGCAUUAGGAGACACUUUUUGUAUUGCCCAGUCAUACAGAGCUGAGCAGUCCAGGACACGCAGGCACCUGGCAGAAUAUACUCACAUUGAAGCUGAAUGCCCUUUCAUAACCUUUGAAGACCUGUUGGAUCGUCUGGAGAAUCUGGUUUGUGAUGUAGUGGACAGAGUCUUGAAAUCACCUGUGUCAGCCGCCUUGUAUGAGCUAAACCCGAGCUUCCAGCCCCCUAAACGCCCUUUCAAACGAAUGAACUAUACAGAUGCCAUCGUUUGGCUAAAGGAACAUGAUGUGAAGAAGGAAGAUGGCACGUACUAUGAAUUUGGAGAAGAUAUCCCAGAAGCUCCUGAGAGACAGAUGACAGACACCAUUAAUGAGCCAAUCUUGCUGUGCCGAUUUCCUGCUGAGAUAAAGUCCUUUUACAUGCAGCGUUGUCCUGAGGAUUCCCGGCUUACUGAAUCUGUUGAUGUGUUGAUGCCUAAUGUUGGUGAGAUUGUUGGAGGCUCAAUGCGUACCUGGGACAGUGAUGAGCUUUUAGAGGGUUAUAAAAGGGAAGGCAUUGAUCACACACCAUACUACUGGUACACAGAUCAGCGUAAAUAUGGCACAUGCCCUCAUGGUGGGUACGGCCUGGGCUUGGAGCGAUUCUUAACAUGGAUUCUGAAUAGAUACCACAUCCGUGACGUAUGCCUGUACCCGCGCUUUGUACAGCGCUGCAAACCAUAGCUGCAAUGCUCUGUCGGACAGCUUCAUCAUGAAAUCAACCUUUAAAAUCCUAUGCUUGGAAAAGAUCAGUGCACUCUGUCAUCCUCCAGUCCAUCUGAGAGCUACAGUUGCUUGUUAAUAAAGUUGUGCAGUAGCAUCAUUCUACUGAAACAAAGUUCUAAUCUAGCAGCUGGAAAGGGAAUACCCUGAUUGGUUGUAAGGGAACACUAGCACUUUAAAAUACAAGUCUAGAAAAAUUCCAGUUUGCUGUCUUAAAUUCCCAUCAGAUUUAGCAUUUAGUUCAUGAUAGCAGGGAUUUUGUGUUAGAAUGGUGUUUGAAACAUGCAAUUUUCAGGACUUAAAACUUCUGUGAUUUUAACAUUUAACCUGUCUUACUUAGCAAACUUUCAGGGCCUUAGACUUUCUUUAAAAACACCUGGCCUUACUUCUCCUUGUUUGUGAUUUGUUUUAGUUACAUUAAAUGUAUAAAAAUAUUUGCAAUGUUUAGCAACUGGCAGUGUUCAUUUUAAACUUUAUGUUGGAAGACAUCAUGUAAACUAUAAAGAAACACAGAUGUUAGAGUAGUUGUUCCCAAUCCUUUGCUUCUUACCCAAGGAAAAUUCUUGUUGGAGUUGAUGAGAAUUUUUCCUCUCCAAGAAUAGGAUUCAGCAGAGAAUCCUAAUAAAAAGAGCUCCACUUCCUUUUGGUAUAGUAGAUUAAUCAGGAAUUAUAGCUGCCCCAAUUCUGCAAAGUGCAGAGUACUGUUCAUUGCUGCCACUGUCUGUCAGAUGAAUAGUCUGCAUCUUGCAGGUCUGAGCCCAUGGUCAGCAUCAGUCACCACUGUACAAUCCUUGCGCUGAAAUAGUGCAGGGUGGAUGCGUUUUCAAAUUCCUCUAAUGGACACAUGCCUGGUCCCAUUGUCUUUAAUCGGUCACUGCUGCUUGAUGCAAAGGAAGGAAACUUAAUUUUAAAGAUCAUUAAAUUAUUGUGUACUUUUGAAAUGAAUGUAUUUGGUUUUAAGCCAACAGUUAUAUGUACAAGAAUGUUAAUUUCAGCAGUGCGCUUCGAUAGUUUACAUGAUAACGGGCUCUCCUAGUGCAGUAGUUUCUUGCCUCCCAAAUGGCUCUGUACUGAGCAAAGUACGUAUGAGAGGCUUAGUGUACUGUUCUUCAUUUUGGCAGGUUCCCCCUGAUCAUAAUCAAGUUAUCAAAUCUUAUUUAAUAAUUUAAAUGUCAAGUGUGAAACCAUCAGAAUGCUUUUUAGCCAUAAAUAAAGUCAGCCUUGCUGGAACAAAUGGGUGGGUACAUCAUUUGAUACCUGCCUUGGGACCUAGUCUGGACUUUAAAUUUACACUGUAUUUGUCAAACAGUUUUGCUACAGAAAUGUUUAGUCAAGCUUUUCUACCCCCUGUUAGAAUCUUGCAUGUUACAAACAAACUGAUUUAAUUUGGCAAUCAAUAAAUUCAUGGCAACAUAGAAA